AUGGACGCCUCCGCCUACAGCGAGCUCGGACACAAGGACAUCAGGAUGGCGAGUUACCUUGACCCCUUCAUGAACUCCUCCGAUUCCCUCCAUUUCACGGCAAACUUGUCCCGCGUGGCUGAGGAGGAAGAGAGCUUCGGAAACCAGUCUCUGCCGAUCGACAUGAGAUUCAACGACGGCCACAUCCUCCUCAUCUCCUGCUACUCCGGGAUCUUCAUUGUCAGUCUCGUGGGGAACCUGUGCGUCCUCAAAGCCAUCUUGGGAGGAGGAAGGAAGCAGAGGAAAUCGCGGGUCAACCUCAUGCUCCUUCAUCUCGCUAUUGCCGAUCUCAUUGUAACGACGAUCAUGAUUCCUGUAGAAGUGGGCUGGUCGGCUACAGUUCAGUGGAUGGCUGGGGACACUUUCUGCAGAGUUUUUGCCUUCUUCAGGAUAUUUGGCCACUAUCUCUCCUCCUUCAUCCUCGUGUGUAUAUCCAUAGACAGGUAUUUCGCAGUCGUCUAUCCACUCAGUCUCAACGCAGCGGACCGACGUGGGAAAAUCAUGCUCACAUUUGCAUGGUUUCUUGCCUUCACUUGCUCCCUGCCUCAGACGGCCAUCCGUCGCUCCAGCCUCGGGUACCUGGGGAGAGCUCGAGCACGCACUAUUAAAAUGACGAUCAGUAUUGUGCUUGCUUUUUUCGUCUGCUGGACACCAUACGUUGUCAUCAGCCUGUGGUUCUGCUUUGACAGGUCUGCCGCGGAGCUGUUAGACGUAAAGGUUCAAAAGGGCUUGUUUUUCUUCGCGUGCACCAACUCUUGUGUCAACCCUAUUGUUUACGGCAUUUUCAACUUCUGCAAGAAAAAACAGCCAAUACAGACGCAGACGUGGCGCUCGACGACCCUCAAUACGCAGAUCAACUCCCGGGGGUUCGAAUGUCGAAGCUUCAAGUCGAGUCGAGUGUACUGGGGGCGACGCGAACAGGAGUCGACGGCUACGAACUCUGAGGCGACGGAUCACACGGCCGAGCUCUUGCUGCCGAGGACGCUCAACUCCUCCUUCCGGGCCAGGUCUCACUCUGGCUCGGAAUCCGCCACGUCAAUACACCUCCAAACACUCGGCUCCACGUCCAGUAUGUCUCGCAGGCAGAUCGCUGAACGUAACAACAGCGGGAGUUCGCCAUUAACAACGCAGUACAGGAACGGAUCCUAUUAUUCUGCCCCAAGCAAGUCGAGAUGCCACGAAGAAAACGGGAAUCCUGUGUAAGAAGGAUUUUCUCGUUUUCUGUAAUACGUAAUGUGGAAGGGGGAACUAUUGUAAAGCAUUUGGUGGGGAAGAGGUUAAUUGCGAGAAGGAUGGAAAAGAUGUUGUAGAUACAAAUUGAAAUAAACAUGAAGGAAGAAUGUGUGGAGGAAUACAGUGAAUUUAAUACACCGAUAUGGACAUGUUAUCAGUGUCGAAAAAUAAU